AUGGACUCGUUAAAAGUUCAUAAUUCACUCAAGCCAGGCCCUCCUGUACCCUUCGUGCCUAUGGAGCCUGGCAAGGUCUCCUGGUAUGUGUGCGGUCCUACAGUCUACGACAAGAGCCAUCUUGGUCAUGCCCGAAACUACAUGGCCAGCGAUAUUAUUCGUCGUAUAAUGAUGCAUUAUUUUGGCUUCAACGUCAAGUAUGUGAUGAACAUGACUGACGUUGACGACAAGAUUAUCAUCAAGGCUAGGCGACAACGACUUCUACACCUCGAAAAGAAAAAGCCGUACUCCCAGGACGAAGUCAAGGCCCUUGGUCUUGCCGCCUUCCAAUCGUAUGCGUCGAAAAACUUGCCUCUCCUCGCUGAAGCAUCCAAACUGGAUGAGAUCAACUACACUGCUAAGCGGGAUGCAGCCUACGGCCGAGUGCUCUCCGGAGGCACGCUCGCUGGUGAGGGCAAGCCUGGCGAUGCCGAGACGAAGAUCAAGAUGCACAUCGGCAACAUGAAUGCCGCUGCUGAGGCCCUGAAAAAGAAUGCCAUCUUUCCCGACGCAGAUGAAGUUCUCCUACCUUACCUUGACUCCUUACACAAGGAGACAAUCGAUACCAGUGACCAGUCUAUAUUUACGGAUCUGACAAAGCGUAUGGAGGCUCUCUUUUUUGAGGACAUGGACAAUCUGAAUGUUCUCAGACCCGACGUCAUCACCCGUGUUACCGAGUACAUGCCUCAAAUAGCCAAGUUUGUGGAACAAAUCGUCGACAAGGGCUUUGCAUAUGAAGCCGAAGGCUCAGUUUAUUUUGACAUUGCAGCCUUUCAGAAAGCCGGUUACACCUAUGCUCGUUUAAGACCGGAAAGCAAAAACGACAAGGCCCUUCAGGAGGAGGGUGAGGGUUCCCUGUCUACCAACCUCGGCGGAAAGCGUGGCGCCGGCGACUUUGCCCUAUGGAAGAAGUCCAAGGCCGGUGAGCCUUAUUGGCCUAGCAAAUGGGGUGAUGGCCGACCAGGCUGGCACAUCGAAUGCUCCGUCAUGGCGUCCGAUAUCCUGGGGUCGCGCAUGGACGUUCACUCCGGUGGCGUUGACUUGGCUUUUCCUCACCACGAUAACGAAUUGGCUCAGAGCGAGGCAUACUUUUGCCAGCCCGGCAAGGGCGAGCACACGUGGGUAAAUUAUUUCUUUCACAUGGGCCACUUGUCGAUUUCAGGAUCAAAAAUGUCCAAAUCUCUCAAGAAUUUCGAGACUAUUGCAGACGCACUCGCCACCACAUACACCGCCAGGAGCAUGCGGAUCGUCUUCCUUAUGGGCAGGUGGAACGAUGGCGUCGAAAUCUCGCCUGACUUGCGGUCUCAGGCCGAUACCUGGGAGUCCGCCAUUAGUAACUUUUUCACAAAUACAAAGUCUUGGAUCAUGGAUGCUAGCGUCGGUGAUGGCGUUAAGAGCCUGUCCAUUCGUCAAGACACUCCGGCUACUGGGCUCCUUGCCGACCUAGACUUGGCCAAAAAGGAGCUUGAGGCCGCGCUCAUCAACUCCUUUGAUACCCCUCGAGCUAUGCUGGUUCUUCUCAAGCUGGUCAACACUACCAAUGUCUUUGUCAAGAACAACAAGGACGUAGAUCUCGCCCACGUCGAGGCCAUUGCCCGCUGGAUCACCAAAAUUGUAGGCAUCUUUGGUCUAGAUUCCAACGCAAGCCCUCCCUAUCACGGUCUAGGCUGGGUACCUUCCAUGGCGGCUGAUAUUGACCCGAGGAAGGCUGUCCAGCCUUAUGCUGAAGUCGUCCACGCUGUGAAGAGCGAGGUGUCUAAGCUCUCGCUCUGCAGCGACACACUCUCCAACCGGCUGUCCCAGGACCCUUCCACAGACUUCGAGUCCAUCGCCUCCAGCGGUACCCGGGACAUGGAGAAACUAUCUCUCCCCUACAUUCGUGCAGUGUCCCAAAUCCGGGAUGAACUUCGCCGCAUGAUCUCGUCUCAAAGCACGGAAAACAAAAAGGCCAUUCUCACCAUUACCGACCGCAUCCGUGACUUCGACCUGGCCAAUCUUGGCGUCUAUCUUGAUGACCGCCCAGAUAAUCAGCCGUCACUCAUAAAGUUUAUCCCUGCUGCGGAACUCAUCCGCGCAAGGGAAGAGAAGGCAGCACGUGAGGCCGAAAAGGCCCAGAAGAAGGAAGAGGCGAGGAUUGCGCGCGAGAAGGCGGAGCAAGAGGCCAAGGAAAAGGCCAAGAUGCCUCCCGAGGAAAUGUUCAAAAAGGAUGAGCGGUACAGCGCUUGGGAUGACGCGGGCAUGCCAACCAAAAUGAAGGACGGCAGCGAUGUGCCAAAGAGUCAGCUGAAGUCUUUGAAGAAGAUGUGGGACAAGCAGAAGAAAGUGCAUGAGGAGUUGAAGGCCAAGGGGGGCUUGUAG